AUGCCUGGACAGAUGUCCCAAAGUGCCCUGCGAGCAGCCUUGGACAAGAGGGUGAACUGCUUUGCUAUCACCACCCAGGCAGGGCACAGGUUUCGGCCUAGAGCACCUCGGAAGGCCUGCGCUCCAGAGGCGGCAGAACAAGCCACCGUACGAAAGUCCCAAGGAGAAUACGGUAGGCAGUUAACCGGACGCUAUUGCCGCGGGUUUGCCCUCGGAAUUACAACCCACAGCACUUUUGAUAUCUGCAAAAGCCCCUUUCCCAGGAAAGGGCGCUGUGCUAAUUGCUUCCCAUCGCGGCCUCCGUAUUUCACAAAAGGCAGGUACAAGGGGAAAUUGUCAUCAAGAUGUUUUCCAGCACACAGCACCAAACACAGGUUCUCAGAUUCUCUAAACAGCCAGCGCUGGCGAUUCUUAAAAAGUGGUCUGGAUGAUUUCAGAAAUGGCUUCCCUCCUCCUUGUGAUAACAUCAUCAUCCGUAGUACAAAGGGGCUUUCCCCCAUCGUGCUACAGAGUAGAUCACACUUGGCCCAUCAGAAGGCACGGAAGAUAUCUGCUAAACCCGACUGCAAGCUCACGUCAAAGCAGGAAGCCCAGAAGGAUUUCAGUGAGGAGACAGACCACAACCUGAGCCAGCACCCUCAGUCAUUUUACUCUCAUUUGAAAGAUAGCAUCUUUCCAGAGCUCCUUCUAGAGGUGAUGAAUACCUUGGAAGCUGAGAUGCACAAGAGCUGCAGGGCUGUGAAGAGUGAUCAUGAAGAGGAGGUCCUCCCUCCUCCGAAAAUUUGGCGUUACCCCAAGGACCAACACCAAACAGAAGCAACCCCUGGGUCAUCAGCACACAAAGAGUCCAGCCGAAACAACCUGCAUACCCAACUUCUCAAAACAGAGGUAGAGAAAAGAGAAAAGGUGCCCAGACCGAGCUACAUUCCUCCUGUGGAUAUAAACACAAAGCCGGCAGCCAGGGAAUCUUGUGUCUGGGAUGCAUCUCGGGAACCAGGCCAGCCCAAAUUUGUUAAGAUCAGAUAUGGAGCCUGGUACCUUGACCCUAAAACAUGGAAAAAGCAAAAAGUGGGUGAACCUUUAAUGGAUCCAAAAGAAACGGGCGACAGCGUUAAAAAUUUCACGACACCAUCCGUUAAGAAGGAGAAUCCCAAGUACUACGGGAUGCAUGCAUUUAAGGAAUUCCUGGAGAGGAAAGGCUACCGGAAACCAGGGAUACUAGGUGAAGAGGAGGCUGAAGCAACAGAUGAUGAGCCUGCGAGAUAA